AUGUCGCAGAUCCUCCUCCGCCGCCUCUCCGCCCACUCCCACGGCUGCCGCCGCCUCAGCUCCGCGGUCUACGGCGGCGGCGGCGGGAGGCGGCGUGCCGGGGCCGGGGCCGCGCAGCCGCCGCAGGACGACGAGGCCAGCCGGGCGGUGCGGGUGUCGGUGUGGUGGGACUUCGAGAACUGCAACAUCCCCAACGGCGUUAACGUCUACCGCGUCGCCCCGCGCGUGUCCGCCGCGCUCCGCGCCGCCGGCAUCCGCGGGCCGCUCUCCAUCACCGCCUUCGGCGACGUGCUGCAGCUCGCGCGGUCCUCACAGGAGGCGCUCGCCGCCACGGGCGUCUCCAUCUCCCACGUCCCAAGCAGUGGGAAGAAUAGUUCUGACCGCUCUUUUAUGGCUGAUCUUGUCUACUGGAUUGCUCAGAAUCCGCCACCAGUUCAUUUCUUCCUUAUAUCUGGGGAUAAAGAUUUUGCAAACAUCUUGCAUCGGUUGCGAAUGAGCAACUACAAUGUACUGCUUGCUUGUCCUAGUAAUGCUACCAGUGUACUGUGCAGUGCAGCGACAAUCAUGUGGCCUUGGGAUGGUUUAGUAAGAGGGGAGGAUUUGUCACCAAAACGUUUUAACCACCCACCGGAUGGUUUACAUGGAUCUUGGUAUGGUCACUACCGAGGAGCCCUUGAUGACCCCUCCCUGGAGAAGGAAUCAAAGGAAUCCAUCAAGGUAGCAUCUGAUCCAAAGCAUUUUUCAGUACCAUCUGAUACCAAGCCUAGCCCAGUCCCUAAAUAUGUAACAAAUGCAAUUCUGGAGGUACUACGUUCAUAUCCUGAAGGGAUGAGGAUCUCAGAUCUCCGAGUACAGCUUAUAAAGAACAGAAUUGAUCUGGGUACAGAUUUUUUUGGCCACAUGAAAUUCUCUUGCCUUCUUGAAUCAAUGCCAGAUGUUGUUAAAUUAGUAUGUCCUCCAAAUGGUGAAAACGAACCAUAUGCAAUUCCUAUCAACAAAAGACUUCUGCAGCCUGGUGACAGAGCCCUUGAUGGCCCCUUCCUGGAGAAGGAAUCAGAGGAACCCAUCAAGGUACCAUCUGAGUCCCAGCAUUGUUCAGUACCAUCUGAUACCAAGCCUAGCUCAGUUCCUAAAUAUGUAACAAAUGCAAUUCUGGAGGCACUACGAUCAUAUCCUGAAGGGAUCAACCUUUCACUACUCCGGGGAGAGCUUAAGAAGAAAAAAAUUUGUCUCGGUUCAGAUUUUUUUGGCCACAAGAAAUUCUCUUGCCUUCUCCAAUCAAUGCCAGAUAUUGUUGAAUUAGUGGGUCUUCAAACUGGUGAAGGAUAUGCAAUUGCUGUCAACAGAAGAUUGCUGCAGCCUGGUGACGGAUGUACUAAGACCCUUAGCUCAGCUCAAUGUAAUGUCAGGGAGAAUAACCUAACUGGGACAGCACACACUAAUAAGAAGCAUACACUAAGUUCUUCUCAAAGCAUUGACCAGAGCAGAAGCUUCACAGAGACACUAAGUGAACACCCACCUACAUUUUCUGUCUUACCUUCCCCAUCAAAUGGGCUAUCUGAGGACCAAAAUGAGUGCCCAGUGGCUGAUGUGAGUGGGUCGACAGAGUCACCAGCAAAGCACAGGGAAGUUGAUGAAAUGACUACCCCUGGAACUCCCUCUUCCUCAGGGGUGGAAAAUGCUGCUAACAAAGAUGGAUUCUUUAAAAGGAUCUGGACAAUGUGGAAUGGCCCCGAGAAUGUUAAGGCUGAGGUUUCUCAAAAUUGUGAAAGCACUUCUGCUGAAGUGAUUGAUGAUUUGGAAACUCCUCUAGAAGAGUGUAAUACUGAUCGCUGUAUAAAGCUUUUGAGGAGGAUCCAUAAGACCACUUCCAAAAAUGACCGCUCAGAUGGUACUGAGAGCAUGGCAGCAGUAAGUGAUAAUUUAUCAAUUUCAUUAGGUGAUGAUCAUUCUGAAAAAAUAAAGAGAGAUCCAUCAAUUCUUGAAAACCCAGAACCAUGCAGAAAACCUGUCGCUGUUUCCAUGAGUAAAUCUGGAAAAAAGGAUGAUAUUUCUGAAAUGAAUCGGGGCCUGUUUAACUGGGCUUCAAGGUGGUGGACAUUUGGAAAAUCAGAUGCAGAUAGUAGUACAACCAACAUAAAUGCCGUUGAUGAACUGAAGACUGACUCUAUUGAAGAAUUCAAAUUUUCAAAUGCUCCAACUUAUGGAAGUGCACAGCAGGUCGUUCAUGAAAUAUUUACAAAGCCUGACUUGUGGGCAGUUUUGGAGCAACAGUUAUCAGGACCUCUUGGGUCUGAGGUUAUUUUGAAAGCAAAGACAAGGGAGGAAUUGGCACAUGGAUUGCGGAAGUUAAAUUGUUGGCCUUUGAAAGGCCUACUUGAGAAAGAUCUGCAUCAUCUGGUACAUUUGUUAAUUUCGGAAAAGAAAUGGAUUGAAGAAACUUCUUCCAGACUUUUCCUUUUCCGUCUUACCCUCCCUCACAAGAGAAAAUGUGUUCCAUCGAGUUCCAGCAAAUCCAAUGGUCUUAGUUUUAUUUUUUCAAGUGGGAAGCCACAAAAGGGCAAGUAUGUUGAUGAUAAAAGUAGGAAAAGCAAGUCUUUCACUAGGGAGGAGAUACUAUCAGAUUGUCACAAGUUGUUGAAGGAGCUUCUUUCUGAGUCUGAAUAUGGAUUCAACAUCGGAAUUUUCAAGCGUCGCUUUACUCAGAAGUAUGGAUACGAGCUUGAUCACCGGAAGCUUGGGUAUCCGGACCUUGAAUCACUGUUGCAAAUUAUGCCUGAUGCAAGGGUAAAAUUCCCAAGGGUUAUGCCUUCAGAACACAGGAACGGCCAGGGUGGCAGCAAGGGAAAUGGAAACCAAAGCAAUGGCGAUGACUUGAUUUGGGAGGAGCUUGGUCCUGUAUCUGCCACUACUGAAACUGCUGCUGCAGGGGUCAACAAGGAAAUGUGCUACUGUCCUCCCACUCCUUCAGAUGAUGAAUUCUCGGAUAGCGACAGUAUAAAGGAUCAGCAGCCUAGAAGAAAUGCUGAGCAGCAGAGCUCGCUUCUCCAGAUCAUUGGUUCUUGGAACAGUAGCAAGAGUGAUGGCUCUAGCAAGAAACCUCUAGACAUUGAUCUGUUGGUGGACUGUUCUAGAGGCGGCCCCGACAGUAUGGCCUCAGGAAAGGCUCAGACGUCUUCAAAACUAUUGCAUAGGCAGUACUCUUUCGUGUCAGACUCCGGGGAAGACAGUGAGCCAGAUAAGCUAGUUGAGAGUGUCUUGGGCAGUCUGCAAAAAGCACGGGGCUCAAAGUUGCACAAUUGA